GAAUUGCGGAGUGAAUCGCAUAUUUCUAGUUAACAUACUUGUAGUUAGCUUUUUUUGUUUUUGCCCAUAAAUAAGUUAUUUUAAAAAGGCAAAUUAAAAUGGGUUGUGCAACAGCAACGAUCAAAUAUCUAGUGUUCGUUUUUAAUGCGCUCUGUGCGAUCCUGGGCAUCGCAGUAAUUGUUGUCAGCUCGUUGGCAUUAAGAGACACGCCAGAUGAGGCAGUGCCGAUAAUUGUAUUUUUCAUCGUAAUUGGCUCGAUUGUAUUCCUCAUCUCAUUCUUUGGCUGCUGUGGCGCCAUCAAGAAAAACGUGUGUCUAACUUGGACGUACGCCAUCAUUUUACUUGUGGUGAUAAUUUUAACCUGUGUUUUAACUUUUGUCUAUUUGCAACGCAUCGAUGAGCAAGAUGUUGCACAAAAACAAGUGAAUAAGGCGUGGGAGCUGCAGAAAAAUGGCAGCAGCACCGAAAUGGCGUUCUUCCAAAGCACCUUGAAGUGCUGCGGCAUAGACGGACCGGCCAACUAUACGAAGGCUAAUAUGACCAUACCUGAAAGCUGCUAUGCUACCAAUAAUACAACCACACAUAUUCCCUAUCAAAGCGGCUGUGUGAACAAAUUGGUUGACUUGUACGUAGGUGCUUUGCAUUGGGUUAAGAUCUCCAGUAUGGUUUCCAUUGGAGUUGAGGGCAUUGCCUUCCUGUGUGCCAGUAUUUUAGCUGUCACAUUCAACAACGAACAGCGCCGAUCCAGAUAUUAGAGUAUAACUUACUGGUCUGUAUAUUGAUAUAAAAGUUUAUAACUUUAGCGUGAAAAUACAAAUCUAUCAAUCGAUUGAUCAUGACUGGUAUCAUGAUAUAUACAUUUA